UAGCCUCUCUCCCCACUUCAUAAAACUCGUUUCUUCUUCUUCUAUCAAAUCAGAUCAUACCCUAUUUUCUUGCUCCCAAAAUUUUGGAUAUAUCUUCUCGUAAGUUCUGAAAUUGUCUUUUUUUUUUCUUUGGCCGAAAAAAUGAGUUGCAAUGGAUGUAGAGUUCUUCGAAAAGGUUGCAGCGAAACAUGCAUCCUUCGUCCUUGUCUCCAAUGGAUCGAAUCCGCCGAGUCACAAGGCCACGCCACCUUGUUCGUCGCUAAAUUCUUUGGGCGUGCCGGUCUCAUGUCUUUCAUCUCCGCCGUACCUGAACUAAACCGCCCUGCUUUGUUUCAGUCCUUGUUGUUUGAAGCGUGUGGGAGGACGGUUAAUCCGGCUAACGGAGCGGUUGGUAUAUUAGGUGCUGGAAACUGGCACGUGUGCCAAGCGGCGGUUGAAACUGUUCUUCGUGGUGGUACUUUACGUCCGAUCUCAGAUCUCCUUGAAUCGCCGUCGUUGAUCUCAUCCAAUUACUCUUCCGAGAUCUGUAACGAUAUUGGCCGUUUCUCGACCUCAAGAACCAAGCUAUCUACGUCGGAUAUGAAAAAACCUCCGGUUAACCGGAAACGGUCGAAGGCCGAACGGUCUGAAUCGGUUAUGGAUGUCCAGUUGAACCACGGGUUAGAUCUAACCAUUCCGGUUGUACCGGUUCCUUUACUUCCUCCAACGCCGUUUCGUAAGGUGGUCAACGGUGAACGUCCGGGAAGUCCAUCGGAGGAGUCUGUUACGACGUCGUGUUGUGAAAAUGGAAUCAUCGGCUAUAACAAAAGAGAGAGAAAGUUAUUAAACCUUUUUGUUUAAAACUGACGGCGAAAACUCUUCGCACUUAGUUUUUGGGGGUUCCUUUUUAGGGUUUUAUUGGCUGAUUAAUGAUUUUCUAUACCUAGAGAAAUAUGAUAACUUUUUGGUGAUACAGAUGAGAUGAUAAAUAAUCUGCGGUUUGCUA